CAGUAUACCCAAACGAGUCGCUUUUCUUCAGAUCCAUUUCAAGCAUAGUGAAAUGACCUUUUUAAAAAUAUCUUUUAAGGCACAUUACAACAUGAGCGAGAAAACAGACUCAAACUCCUCAUUUGAUUGGCCUCACACGCCGAAUCAUAACGGGACAUACAAGUACCUCUACUUAGAAGGCAACAUCUCCUAUGUGGACUUCUACCUUCAUCAGCCUUCGGUGGCAGCUGUCUUCAUCAUCUCUUACCUCCUCAUCUUCCUGCUCUGUAUGGUCGGCAACGGAGCGGUUUGCUUUAUCGUCCUGAGGAACAAACAUAUGCGGACAGUCACAAACCUUUUCAUCUUGAACCUGGCUGUCAGCGAUUUACUGGUGGGAAUCUUCUGCAUGCCCACCACCCUCCUGGACAGCAUCAUUGCAGGAUGGCCGUUUGGGAGCCUGGUCUGCAAGGUGAGCGGCAUGGUCCAAGGAAUCUCUGUUUCCGCCUCUGUCUUCACUCUAGUUGCUAUCGCCGUAGACAGGUUUCGAUGCAUUGUUUAUCCGUUCAAGCAGAAGCUGACCAUUUCAACGGCAGUCACCGUUAUAGCGGUCAUCUGGAUUCUGGCUGUCGCAAUCAUGUGUCCUUCUGCAGUCAUGCUGCAGGUACAAGAGGAGAAGCAUUUCAGGGUGAUCCUUGGCUAUGGCAAUGAAACCCGCCCUGUAUACUGGUGCCAGGAGGACUGGCCUAACCCGGGAAUGAGAAAGAUCUAUACGACGGUUCUGUUUGCCAACAUCUACCUGGCGCCCCUGGCGCUCAUUAUUAUCAUGUAUGCUAGGAUAAGCAUUGCUCUCUUCAACACAGCAAUGCCCGUGGCGGGAAAACACAGCCAGGAGCAGCGGCACAGUGUGUCUAAGAAGAAACAAAGAGUCAUCAAAAUGCUUAUUAUUGUAGCUUUGCUUUUCACGCUGUCCUGGCUUCCCUUGUGGACUCUGAUGAUGCUCUCAGACUACACCAACCUUUCAGAUAUCCAGUUGCAGAUCAUCAACAUUUAUAUCUAUCCCUUUGCUCACUGGCUGGCCUUUUUCAACAGCAGCGUCAACCCUAUCAUCUACGGUUUCUUCAACGAAAACUUUCGCCGAGGCUUUCAGGCAGCCUUUAAACUUCAGCUCUGCUCCAGAGAGAUCGUUCACAGGGAGGUCUGCUCUCAGCGAGGCCAAAGCAAUGCCAUUUUGCCAGCUGCCAACUACCAGACACCCCAGAAUCGAGCUUGCCAAAACGCUAAGGAGGAGGGGAAGACAGUUAAGAAAGGAAAUUGGGUGAAUAACCCGCAGGAUUUGAUAAUGGAGGAUCUAGACGAGCCCUGCAACGAUGGCAUUAAGUGAAGCACGCUAUGAACUAUUCAAAUGAUUUAUGCCUAGCAGAGAUUAUUUACUGCGUUGUGAAACUCAUGCUCUGCAAGCCCUUUCUGACAAAACUGUCAAGAUGUUUCUGUUUUGAAGGAGAUACGCAACUCACAUAAUAUUUGAAAGUUUGAUAUAAGUGGGGAACCAAAUUCAGCCUUUUAAGCCUACCAGCCUAAACCAGUGGCAACUCCCCUGCAGUCAGUGACGACUCACUGCUCUUGAACUGGGCUGGAGCAAAGACGUGAUUAACACAGGAUUACGUUCCAUUUAUUGUGACACAAGAGAAAAAGAGAACUGAUUUUUGACUCUGAUACAAUUACUCCGGAUACUCGCUGAUGAAGAGGAGAACGUUCAUUCAUUUUCUUCUGUGAAUCUCUCAGAGCAGCUGAAAUACGAUUGCUCGAACAAUAUUUACGGUAACGUUUUGGCAUGCAAGGCUAGUUGUUGUUAAUACCUACAGUUUUCUUCUGGUGUCCGAUGAUGAAAACAUCGUUGCUGUUUGUAGCAUCUAGCUAGACUGUGGAGCUGGAAAAAGGAGGGAAUCGCGAGGGCCCUGAGCGUAUGCCCCCUCCUGAGGGUUUGACUGUUGGGGCUCAGGGCAGCUCCGAGCCAGUGCGGCUGAGGGGAUCCCCCUCGUGGCAUUAGGAAAUAAUUCUACCUGUAGACCAAAAUACCUGCUAACGAGAUUUAUAAAUAAGCCCUCCGCUAAAAACAAGAGUAAUCCCAUAAACUCAACUUCUCAGUUUACCAUAAAAUCUCUUUUUUCAGCAGCAGAUCCUUGGUACUACUCUUUUAGCUUCUUCUGUGAAGCAUAAGCCUCUUCCUUGAACUUAUCAAUCCGUUAUUCUAUAACUCUCGUUAACUGAAAUAGCAGAGAUACAGUCUGAGUAUUGGAACUGAACUCACCAGUUCC